GUGAGACACGGAGCGAGAGAGAGAGAUACAACCGGCGAGGGAAAGCGACCUAAACUACCGUCUCCUGCCUCGGCUCCUCAGUCUCCCGUUCUGGCGGCUGAAAGCGCGGUCUUGUCGCUGACAUUUUUCCCGCUGGAUUUGGGCUCGUAGUCGGAUGCGGGCUUGUUUUGACUGCAGUAAUAGUCCUACUCCCCCCUCCUUCCCUACCAACCGAGUAGCGGAUUUGCGAGGGAUCUCAGCGCUGUGCAGCUCCCCGAGUGACCAGCGAUCCUGCAAGGCACCGGAGACGCACUGUGCACAGCCGCGGCGCCCCACCACACGAGUCAAUCCGCAAGAGCCUCUAAAGAUCUUAUUUCUGUGAGGAAUUGGACAUAAGCGCCAAGUUUCCGAUUGGAUUUUUUCCCCCUGUGCGGCUACCUUGCUUCUGUCAUCAGAUCGGCUGCAAAUCCUAUUUUCGCUUUUUUCCCCCUUUCCAAAGCACCGUUGACGCCAUUUUCCUCGGGGUUUUCUGUCAAAAACAUAUAUUCUGGCACCGUUUGACAGCUCCCCGGGAGGCUGUCAUCCCAUCCGUCGCUUGUGUAAAAUGUGUCUAAAUGGAUUGUAAAUGAUCUUGAUAAAAUAUUUACACGUUAGAGCCGAGUGUGUGACAACAUUAGACAUGGACUGUCCCUGGCUUCGCUGUGUUCCUGUGGGACACCCAACCCAACCCCAGUAGCUGAUUGACAACAACAAACCAGCCCGACAGACUACUGUUCUCUAUCUUCCUAUUGGCUGGCUGCCACAGCUUCCCCCAUCCUGACUGGCUCUGGCGGGAGCGUGGAUGGAGCCAAGGGAUCUGGUUGGCUCGGCCCGACCCAAAGAGGCGGAGUUACAGGGAGGCAGGGUGGGGCCAAAUGAAGCGGACCAGGAAGGAGCAGGGGGCAUCGGUUUGGCUCGUCGUGAUGAUGUGAUUACCGGCGCCAUCAGCGAAGGGGAGGGGCUAGAAGAGCAGGGGGAGGGGCUUCUGGAGGAGCAAGAGUUCUCCAUCAAGGAAGCAAGUUUCCAGGAAGGAAGCCUAAAGCUGAAGAUUCAAACCACCAAGCGUACCAAGAAGCCCCCCAAGAACCUUGAGAACUACAUUUGCCCACCGGAGAUCAGGAUGACCAUCAGACCUCCAGUUGGAGAGGGCAAAGGGUGGCGGCAGGGACGAACAGGAGGCGGGGUUGGGCGGGGCCAGAAAGACGAAGAACGAGGACCCCCCAGAAAAAGGACAUACGAGCGCCAGUUCAGAAUGCCUGAACAGAAAGAAGGAGGCCUGCUGCAACUACUGGCAGAGCACCCUCCGCCCAAACAGCAGCUUCGCAGCGUUCUCCCUCCUGCACACACACUCUCACACACACAGCAAACACAGCACACCCCCACGCAACAAUUCCAACACACUCAUGCACAUCAACACCAAAUCAAUCCAGACUGGAUCACGUCUACAGCACCUUCUGCAUCCCCGGCCAAUCCUGCAGAUUGUGAGCCAGCCAGAGAACUGGCAGGAGCCAGCAGGAGCUCUUUGCUUGAUCCAACCCAACCUUUCUCACGAACAGCGACACAAAGCCCCUCACCUCAGAGAUCCCUGACUCCAGACAUGCAGUUGCCAGUGGUUACAGAUGCCAGUAUUCUCAAUCUGACCUCUCUCAGCAGGGGGAGGGGGUUGCAAGAGGUCAGUGAACAGCUCUUUGGGAACAUCAAGAGGAAGUACGGCAGGAAGGACUCCCAGAGGAUGCUCUGUAAUCCCCACAGUGCUGAUACACCUUGGGGAAGACAGCCUGAGAAAGGAUCGGAGAGCCCGACUAAUUCAGAGGAGAGGCAGAAGUACAGGCAAGAGGAGACAGCUGAGCGGUUCCAUGAAGAAAGAGAAGAAAGAAGAAAAGACGAAAGAGAGCGAGCGAUAGCUGGGAGGAGAGGAGAUGAAGAAGACAGAGGGAUGCCCAUGCUGACAGAGGAAGGGAAAGGAAGAAAGAGGCGGAGGAGGCCUUCUUUUGACGAGUCAUUUUCUGUAGAGGAGCAAUUACAGCAGCGGCAGGACUCUGACACUACAGAGAAGCACCAGCCUGGGCCCCCAGAACCCAAAGUAGCACAUAAGAUGGAGACUCACAAAAAUGAUUCUCGACUUUCAAGUCACACUGAUGUCAGUAGAGAGAGGAUAGAAAAAGCAGAGAGAGCCGAUAAAGGCGAUAAAAGAGAAAAGGGAGACAGGGCAGAAAGAGGAGAGACCGUUAUAAGCGGAUAUGACCCAGACUCAGCUUUGAGUGCAGGUAGAAUGAAAAAGAACCCGGUGGGUCGUCCUAAGACCAGCAUGGACACCCUUAAACACAGAGAUCCUACUCACAAUCACAUCAACAAAGUCAAUCUUAACACAAACCCCAGACUCCCUAGCCCAAACCCCAGCCCCAGUCCCAGGAGCAGCAUCAGUCCGAGCCCUAGACCCAGGGCUAACAUGAGCCCCAGUCUCAGCCCCAGACCCCGGGCGGCCCUGAGUCCCAGCCCCAGCCACAGCACCAGCUCCACAGCCAGUUCCAGACCAACCAAGGCCAAGGACAGAUGGUCCUACCUGAAAGCUAAAAGCCAUGCCAGCAUCACAUCACCCCAGAGAGACAACCGGGGUAGCCCCUCGACCUUAGCUGACCCACCCUCAGCCUUCCCCAUCACCCCCUCUAGCCCCCUCUACACCAACACUGACAGCCUGACCGUCCACACACCCAUCAAGAGGAAACGAGGACGCCCCAAGAAACAGCCGCUCCUAACAGUGGAGACCAUCCAUGAGGGCACCUCCACAUCACCUCCGAGCCCACUGGCACAGGAAACAUCUGCAGGGCUAAACCGUAGGAGGAAGACACACACACUAAACACAUUAGUGCAAAUGACCUCCACGACCAUCAGCGGCAAUUCUAAUAGUCUGAAACUAAAGCGUGGCAGGGGCCCAUCCAGGCCAGUGAAUAAGAUGAAGCUUGGGAAAAUGCAGAGCAUCCUGAAUGAGAUCCUUUCAGGUUCCAGUCAGAACGGCGCUCUGGCUCUGAAAUCAUCUUCUGCCCCUGUUACCUCAGCUAUGAGUGCCAUGGCCUCCACCAUUGAAGCUCGGCUGGGAAAACAGAUAAAUGUCAGCAAGAGAGGAACCAUCUACAUUGGUAAGAAGAGAGGGCGGAAACCCAGAGUGGAAACCCAAGGCUCCAACCUUCCAAAAACCACUAGGGACAAGCCCCCCCUCUGUGUCUCCACAUCCAGUCUCUAUGAGAGCCCUGUAGUGCCUUCUGUCACCUUGUCUCCCAGCUCCAGUGCUCCAUCCAUAAGAACCAGCCACUCUGAUGCCACUAUGCCCAGUUUGCAGCCCAUCUUAGCCCUGCCCUCCAAGGCACCAGGCAGGAGCUUCCUCUCUGGAGGAUGGAAACUGUCUCCUCCACGCCUUCUGGCAAAUUCCCCUUCCCACCUGUCAGAGGGGGCAUCAGUGAAGGAGGUGACCCUGUCUCCCAUCAGCGAGUCCCACAGUGAGGAGACUAUUCCAAGUGACAGUGGGAUUGGGACAGACAACAACAGCACCUCAGAUCAAACUGAGAAGGGCCCUGCCUCUCGACGCAGGUACUCAUUUGAUCUGUGUGGUUUUGAGGCUGCGGAGGCAGCAGCCCUUGAAGCAUCCAACAGAGGCAGCAGAGCACGCUGUGAACGGCAAGUAACUGCUGUUGACAACUUCCUGUCACAGCAGGAAAAGAAGCAAAAGCAUCAUAGACGGAAGAGGAAGUGCCUACAGAGCCGGGAUCAUCUUCACUUUCUCUCUGAACUGGAAGAGGUUGUGGUAAAGCUCCAGCAACUACGAGUGUCUCACAGACGAUACACCUGCUACCCCCAGCACACAUAUCCCUCCAUAUUCCGCCUCAACUUCCAUCAUUACUACCCUGUUACAUACGACUCUUACCCCUGUGACUCCAGCUCGUACCUUCGCAGGAGCGCUGAUCUAAAGGCAAAGAGGAGACGCGGCCGUCCAGCCAAAGCCAGCGAGCCAAUCACAUCGAAGCUGCCUUUUGUUCAAGGAUAUGGUUAUCCACUGGCAGGGGGAAAUUACUAUGCAGCACCGUAUGCGAUGCCUUACGCACCUCCUUUGAGUCUAGGCUACUUUCCCCCUGCUACACCAUUCUACCUGCCCCACCACUCGCUAGGACCUGCACCUCCAUCUCCCUUCAUGAGGCCUGCGGUCCCCCCUCCGAAGGCUUUCCACUCCAGUGUACACUCAAAGCUCCAGCCAGGGGCCAAGCUUCGCAGCGCCAGUGGCCCACUCCAGGGGCCCUCUGUAAGAGGAGAGGGCCUUGGAUCCCUGGUUAGUGGUAGUGCAGGUGGUCUUGCAGGGGUUCGUCUCCAUAAGAGGAAGCACAAGCACAAACAUAAGCACAAGGAUGAAUCCCUCCUCUCUCUGCGAGACCGGCAGGAGUUGGGUGGGCUCUUCAGCGGAGCUAAGACCAAUGCACGUCUCAGCAUGCUGAGUGACAGGAGGGACUUGGCCAGUCAGGGCUCUUCAAAGCAUCUGGAGAAGCAGAGGGGCAGCGGUAGAGUCUCAAGCCUGGGAUCCAGCUUAGGGAUGUUUGAGUCUGACCAGCUGUCCACACACUCUCUCGCUGACAGCCAGUUUCACUCCCGUCAGACUCGACAGCCAAUAAACAGCUUCAUGAGCAGCUACAGUAGCCAAUCGCAGCGGUCGGAGACAGCUUCUGACCUUUUUUUGAGUUCACGGGAGGACGAGUGCGGAGGGAGGAGCAGGAAGACGAGGCUCGCUGUGUUUGGAGAUCAGGGCUUAAUGUCAUUCCAAACUGCCAGGCAGGAGCCAGGACAGAUGAACAACUGCUCCAGUCCCUUGCUCACUGAUGUUCCCAGUAAGAGGCGGUAUAAGCGUCGUGAGGUGGAGCAGAUCCAGAAGGACGUGAGGAGGAUGCAUUCUUUGAACUUUGAGCAUGUGCAGAAGAUCCUCCGUGCCAAGCGCCUGCAGCGACAAGCCAAAACAGGAAACAAUGUCGUCAAAAGACGGCCUGGACGGCCCCGUAAGCAACCUUUAGAGGAAUGCGAGCCGCCUAAUAGGAGGGCGGAAGAUCGGGCUGAUGGUCGGGGUUUGGACAUGUUUGCCGGUAGGAGAGGUGAUGGGAGGACUCUGGGGAUGCCUGUCCUGGAGAGGUGUGAUGACCUGCCAGGUAGGCAGAGUCUCAGGCCAAGCUUGAUCCCCGAGCCCCUGGAGUUCUCAAAUCACGAUUCCAUCUCAGCAACAAUUGAGACCGUGGUGCAUCAAGCGCGAUCUGUGCUUCCUCUGGCCAAAGGGGGGAAGCGCAGAGGCAGGGCCCACAGCAGGGACGAGUUAUGGGCUCCUUCCAGUCAAUAGACCUGCAGGAGAGAGCAACUCAGUAAUCGAACAGAAAGCAGUUGUUGGAGUCAGUGCUGUUUCAGAUGCAGUGCCCUUACUUCUGGGACUCCUUGGUGCACUUUGACUUGUUUCUCCUCUCUGAUUUGUGAGGACUACAGAGGGUCAGUGGAGAAGCAGGAGGAGGGAACACUUCCAGUACCAUCCCUCUGCUUGCUAAACCCAACCAGACAUGAGCCUUUCAAGGAUUCGUUGGACCUUCAUUUACAAUGGCACUAUAUGGUACUAUUUGAUACUGAAUCUGAUGCUAUAAAAGUGUGUGGUACUUAUGAUAGUGUAGGAUAUUAUGUGAUUCUUUAUGUAUCUGAUACAGUGAUGUGUAUGGUACUUUAUGAUACUGUCUCUGAAUGUGGCUUUAGCCAUAUAUUUACCAGCAAGGGGAGGGGGAAUGGUUAAUAUUAAACUGUGCAGCUCUGCUUAUUUAUGCCUGAGGAAGCUUGUCAAAGACAUGUGGGAUAAAACAGCAGUAAUUAAGCCACCUUACCCUAUUACUUACUCCCACCCUCAUCUGUACCUUCCUUGUUUUCCUGCUCUCUCAGAGGAGUAAUUGAUACUUGCUGGAAGCUCCACACCCCUGGUCCCCCUCCCCGCUCGACACUCACCCCAAUUCUUUAGCCCUCCCUGGUGCUUGCCGCUCAACUUCAUCUCCCUUUGUCCUCUCAUCUACUCCCAAUCAUGUUUUACUUCUCCUAUUGCUUGUGCUCCCUCAACCUUCCUCCCUGUCUCAUUUAAUUCUCCCUCCCUGCUCAGGCCUGUCCUGAGCAGUGACAUAAAGGCAAUAUGGUGGAUGAGACUGUCCCAGACUGUACAUAGAAACAAAGUCCACUGUUGCCUGCCUUGUACAAUGAGAAACCAGCUCAUAGACAUGUACUGGCAUACAGUAUAUCAAAUAGUAUUGUUGUACCAUAGACAAUGAAAGUUGUGUAUUGUUUUAUAACCAAAAACAGACAUGGGUGCGACUCAAAACAAGUUUGUUUUCAGACAGAAAGAACCACAUAUAUUCAUUCAUUCACUCAUAAUUGUGUUUAUAUCCAGGGGGCAUUGCAUACAGGAGGAAUAUCAGGUGUGUUUUUGGUAAACCUUAAAAUUGGUUUAUUGCACUAUGAAAAACCAUACACUUGCAUCAAUCAAAUGCAGCACUUACAUGCUUGUUCCAGCCUUAUGUUUUGGCCUUCGAUGGUGUGGAUAUCCAUUCCAGAGAACACGCAUUAUUUUAAUCAAUUUGUAUAUGCAGGCUGCGCAGCCAAAAGCGUCAAACCGAAGCCCGAGUCUGAAUCGUGAUUGGACAGUUCAGCUGAAGAGGGCUCACAGUGUUUUGAAAAGCUAAUCCCAGUCUUUCUACGUAACAUGAUUUUCAAUCCAUAUCCUUUGGAAAUAUUUUUUGGAAAGUAAAACCAGUAUUUAGAUUUAGAAGCCAAAGUCUCAGUAUUCAGUGUAAGGAUGUAUUAUUUAAAAGAAUCUAAAUCAGAGUUUGACAAACUCUCCAUCAUGUUGGCACCAAUGUAAAGCAUUCCUAUGUGCACUCUAGAAUGUAGCCAUCUUGGAAUUUUUGUGUCAAUAUGUCAAGCCUUUGUUAAACUCUAUCGACAGUAUAUGUGGCUUUGGGUAGUGGUUGGUAUUUUCUCAAACACGUAUUUCAGAAUAUAAGCAAUGGAUCAGUGUUUCUUUGGCAACUUCGUUAAAGUUUUGUUUCAGGAGAUUCCGUUUUCUUUGGGUUGGGUGGGAUUCUCAGUUGCAGCAGUUCAACUUGUGCCUUAUGUUUCUUUCUCUCACCAAUUACAUUUUACCUGAGAAAUAUCAAGUGGCAAGAGUGCCCCAGAAAUUGAUCCAAAAUAUUCAUGAUUGUGCAUUUGACGCAUGUGUCUUAGUCAUCAGAACCCUGACACUGCCUGUGUCCCUUCACAGCUUCCAUAGUCAGCAUCCUCUGUCACAGGGCACUGAGCCUGUCUCCCAGCUACCUCCUAGUUUUCUGACCCAUAUCAUCAUAACAGAACUAGAAGGGCUCGACUGGUGAAUAUAAUAUGAUAUAACUGUAUUGAAUACACACCGUGUACUGGCCUACAUACUGCUUCACAGCAGUGGUGGAAGCAGAACGUUCCACUGUAUCAGAUGUGUUUCUAUCCAGAGAUAUUGAUUGUACUCAAUGUCCCCGAUAUAAUUGAAGAUCAUUUACUCUGCCCAGUAUUUAACCAGUUAUUUACAACAUAUAACCGGUUAUGUACUUGGCAAAGGAGGAACAGAGGAGGUUGUCAUGGAAACCACGUUCUCCUACAUUGUUGUUUGCUAUGCAUCAGGCCAUGCCUGGCGAUGACCUUAAAAGGAAUUUCUGUUCUGGGUCCACCCUUCGACAAAGAGAAAUAAGUGGUCUUAUUUAAUGAAUAAAAUAAAUUCAUGUAACAAGAAUUGUGAAUAAUACCAGUAAUAAUUUGUAAUAAGUUGUGCAGAAAGUGACUAUCAUUUCAUGAAAACUAUAGUUACUGCAGCUCUAUGCAGUACAGCCUUAACCAGAUGUAAAACUACAGUAUUGAAGUGUUUGUUGUAAAUAGUGUUAGUAUGUCCAUCCUGCAUGGAUACCGGUUGGCCUCAGCUAUGCUGGGACUAUCUCCUAAAACCACAGUAGACCUUCUCUCUCUAUUAAGACUGCUCUAGACCCAAGAAAACGUACAAGACAUAAAUCUACCCUAAUUGAUUUUCCUAUUCGACAAAUUCUGCUGUACAUUGACAGUCAUCGUUCCAGUCCGUUAAAUUACACAGAAUGCUAAAAUAAUUUGCCUUAUCACACCUUUAAAAGUUCUUGGAGGAUAAAAGCCCCACUGUAGUGUACUCGACCAAAAAUAGGAAUCCCCGCUGACUUGCAGCUAUUUUGCCUGCAGCCAGUCGGGGCAGUGCAGUAGCAGGAAGAGUAAGCAAGAGGGUUGUGUGUGGGGGGAGUUCUCAGAGGAAAUAGCCAAAAAUACACUCGCUCUAAAGUUAGUGUGCUUAACCUUGCUGUGCUAGAUGACUUUCGGUGGGUCUGCAGUCUGUUGUGGUGAAGAUGAGGUCUAGAUGUGUGGUCCGUGAGGUGUAGAGACUACACGCUUGGCAGCUUACUCCAUCCUGUGGUCAGUCAGCGCGGUUUCUGAUGUAAGAGUUAAAGACCCCAGGUGUUGUCUGUCCUGUCUGUCUCUCCUACCAGCCAAUGCUCCGGUGCCUUCUAACACUGACAAGUAUUGUCCUAAUCCAGAGCUUUCACUCUACACAUAGACUGCAGAGGGGAUGUGGCUGUGAAUAGGGUUCAAGGUCACUGUUGUUGUAUUGUAUUUAGCAGCCAAUCUGGACCAGUGGCUACAGGACGCCCCUAAGCACUGAUGUAAGGAUCUUUUACCUUGUCUUUGGUCCUAGCAUCAAGGGCAGCGCAGCGGUGUCAGACCUUACAUCAGUGGUUGGGGUGUAUUUACUGAAGUCCACACUUACCAGUUCACUACAGUGGCUAGAAUGGAAUAUAAUGGCACCUAAAUUUUGAUCACCCCCCACCCCCCAUUCCCUUUGUAGUAUGCUGUGAUGAGUGUCCUACACAUGGAGUGAGGGGUCACGUGAGACAGAACCUCAUAAAUGUACAUGUAGUCAUCCUCACAGCAUAUGUUACAGUUCUAAGCUAUAAUGUUGUUCAAAGCUGAAACUGCAGAUGAAGCAUUGAGAAAACCAAUAAAUGUACUUCUUUAGAGCACAAAGUGAGCUCUUCUAACAGUGUGGGCAUAUUUUAGUUUGUAUACAUAGUGUAUUUGAACCUUUUUCUAGAGUGGGUUUCCUUUAUUUGCAUGCUCAACUUGAUUGUAUGCAUAAAUAUUUUAGACAAGCCGAAAGUUGAAUUUCAAUUGAAUUUGGAGCAAGACUUGUACAUUGUUUGAUAUGUUUCUUUUUGUAAUGAAUUUUUUAAUUCAUGAAGCAUUUUUGUACAUUGUAUGAAUAUUAAAAACUGCAAAUAUUUGACAUAUAGAGUAAAUACUAGAUGCGCAUGCAUAUGCAUAUAUCCUUCACAGUAUGUAUGUGUAAAUGUACACAUAUAUUUUGUAUUUGCAUUUGCUGGCAUACAGAUAUAUGUCUUAAGCACAUAUAUACAUGCAAUAUAUAUGUAUAUCCAUGUCCGCUGGCAUGCUUUUGGUCAUGUUUAUCUUUCAUGAUCUUGUAGGUUCAUUUUUCAUUUUUAUUUUUUUCUCUUUCCUCAGAAAGAAAAGCUCAUUCUUUUGCUACCCUUCUGUUGGCUGGCAGCGUUGAGCACUUAUUAAGAAGAACUACAGUUGAAGUUGUUCAUGUUAUCCAUUGUGUGAAAUAAUAAAUGACUUUAUUGACAGCU